UAAAGUCUGAUUUUCCAAAAAUUGCUUGACUGAUAUAUCAUUUCAAGAAAAGGCAAAAAUGGUGAGAACUCCCUCUGUUGACCAAAAUGGAAAGAGGAAAGGUGGAUGGAGUAAAGAAGAAGAUGAUAUGUUGAGAGCUCAUGUUCUCAAGCAUGGCCACCAGAACUGGCGACAACUCCCUAACCUUGCUGGGCUAUUGAGAUGUGGGAAGAGUUGCAGAUUAAGAUGGGUGAAUUACUUGAAGCCGGGUAUCAAAAGAGGUAACUUCACCAAGGAUGAGGAUCAAGUCAUACUUAAUCUCCACAAACAACUCGGGAACAAGUGGUCGGCCAUUGCUGCAAGGUUGCCGGGAAGAUCAGACAACGAAAUUAAGAAUCAUUGGCACACUUGUCUCAAGAAAUUCGACAACGUUGGAGUUAUGGAAUCGUCAAAAACACGGUCGCCGUCGCAUGCAGAUGAUGAUGCCCAAAGUGUUCAAUCAUCCGAUAAGUCGCAACAACAUUUGGCACCAUUUGGUCUCCUGCAGGCUGCAAUGGAAACCCUUCCAUUAUUUUCACCAGAAACUGAACCGUUUUCUUAUUUCAUGGAUUCUGCAGUUCUGGGCAGCGAGGAAGGGACUUCAAACGACGGGGAGACUUCGUUUCAAGAACGCUCUGAUCAGAGGUUAUGGAAUGAUGAUGAUAGCAGAGAACUGGAACAACAAGACUUUUUUAUUCCAGAUAGGUUAUUUGCGGACGAAGAGAUUCAAAGUUUGCUUAAUGAUUUUCCAUGACAACAUCCU